AUGGAAAUCAAGCAAGGUUCUGAUAAAAUUUUUAUUUGCCAGAAGAAGUAUGCAAGGGAGAUACUUAAAAAAUUCGGCAUGGAGAACUGCAAUGCAACAAGUACACCUAUGAAUCCAAAGGAAAAGUUAAGCAAAGAGGACGUGACUAAUAAAGUUGAUGAAGGAAAUUUCAGAAGCUUGAUUGGGUGCUUGAUGUAUCUCACUGCUACAAGGCCGGAUAUUCUAUUUGCUGUAAGUCUUUUGUCUAGAUUUAUGCAUUGUGCUACUGAAAAGCAUUUGAAAGCAGCAAAAAGAAUUAUAAGAUACAUUAAAGGUACUGUCGACUAUGGUGUCAAAUUCAAGAAGUGUCAGAAUCUCAAGUUGUAUGGAUUCUCAGACAGUGAUUGGGCUGGAUCCUUUGACGAUAUGAAUAGUACAUCUGAAUAUUGA